CCUCCCCGAACUGCGGCGGCGGUGGCGGCGGAGGCAGCGGUGGCGAGCGUGUCCCGGCAGAGCUGCAGCAGCAGCCGAGGGCACUGGAGUGCCGAGCCCAGGACGCCCCGGCCCAGGCCCGCGGAGGAGUGAUGAACAGAAGCAGCGCGUCCCUCAGGCACUAGACCUGUUACUAGUGGACUCGGUUCCCACCCACCCUGCCUCACCUUAUCCUAAGAACACAGAUCUGUUUGAGAUGAUUGAAAAGAUGCAGGGCAGCCGGAUGGACGAACAGCGAUGCUCUUUCCCACCACCCCUCAAAACGGAGGAGGACUAUAUUCCCUACCCAAGUGUCCAUGAGGUUCUGGGACGAGAAGGGCCCUUCCCCCUCAUCCUGCUGCCCCAGUUUGGGGGCUACUGGAUUGAAGGUACCAACCAUGAGAUCACCAGCAUCCCUGAGACAGAGCCACUGCAGUCCCCCACCACCAAGGUCAAACUGGAGUGCAACCCCACAGCACGUAUCUACCGGAAGCACUUUCUAGGCAAGGAACACUUCAAUUACUAUUCUCUGGACACUGCUCUUGGCCACCUGGUCUUCUCUCUCAAGUAUGAUGUCAUCGGGGAUCAAGAGCACCUGAGGCUACUGCUUAGGACCAAGUGUCGGACCUACCAUGAUGUCAUCCCCAUCUCCUGCCUCACUGAGUUCCCCAAUGUGGUCCAGAUGGCAAAGCUGGUUUGUGAAGAUGUCAACGUAGAUCGAUUUUACCCAGUUCUCUACCCCAAGGCCUCCAGACUCAUCGUCACCUUUGAUGAACAUGUUAUCAGCAAUAACUUCAAGUUUGGAGUCAUUUAUCAGAAACUGGGGCAGACAUCCGAAGAGGAACUCUUCAGUACCAAUGAGGAAAGUCCUGCCUUCGUGGAGUUCCUUGAGUUUCUGGGCCAGAAAGUCAAAUUACAGGACUUCAAGGGGUUCCGAGGAGGCCUGGACGUGACUCACGGACAGACAGGGACCGAGUCUGUGUACUGCAACUUCCGCAACAAGGAGAUCAUGUUUCACGUGUCCACCAAGCUGCCAUACACAGAAGGGGACGCCCAGCAGUUGCAGCGGAAGCGGCAUAUCGGGAACGACAUCGUUGCUGUGGUCUUCCAGGACGAGAACACGCCCUUUGUGCCAGACAUGAUUGCAUCCAACUUUUUGCACGCCUACGUGGUGGUGCAGGCGGAGGGGGGCGGCCCCGAUGGCCCCCUCUACAAGGUCUCCGUCACUGCCAGAGAUGAUGUACCCUUCUUUGGGCCCCCCCUCCCGGACCCUGCUGUGUUCAGGAAGGGGCCUGAGUUCCAGGAAUUUCUGCUGACGAAGUUGAUCAACGCUGAGUACGCUUGCUAUAAGGCAGAGAAGUUUGCCAAGCUGGAGGAGCGGACGCGUGCUGCCCUUCUGGAGACACUCUACGAGGAGCUCCAUGUCCACAGCCAGUCCAUGAUGGGCCUGGGUGGCGAUGAUGAUAAGAUGGAGAAUGGCAGUGGCGGGGGCGGCUUCUUCGAGUCCUUCAAGAGAGUCAUCCGGAGUCGGAGCCAGUCCAUGGACGCCAUGGGCCUGAGCAACAAGAAGCCCAACACCGUGUCUACCAGCCACAGUGGGAGUUUCACCCCCAACAACCCUGAUCUGGCCAAGGCAGCUGGAAUAUCAUUGCUUAUUCCCGGGAAAAGCGCGAGUAGAUUCGGACGCCGGGGCAGCGCCUUAGGCAUAGGAGCUGUGGAAGAGUCCCUGAUUGUCCCUGGUAAGAGCCCCACAAGGAAGAAGUCUGGGCCAUUUGGCUCUCGCCGCAGCAGCGCCAUUGGCAUCGAGAACAUCCAGGAGGUGCAGGAGAAGAGGGAGAGCCCUCCAGCUGGCCAGAAGACCCCAGACAGCGGACAUGUCUCACAGGAGCCCAAGUCAGAGAACUCUUCCACCCAGAGCUCCCCGGAGAUGCCCACGACCAAGAACAGAGUGGACACGGCUGCCCAGAGAGCGGAAGCGCUGCAAGGCUUCUCCAGGUCCUCAUCCAGUGCUAGCAGCUUCGCCAGCGUGGUGGAGGAGACGGAAGGCGUCGACGGGGAUGACACAGGCCUGGAAAGCGUGUCGUCCUCAGGAACUCCCCAUAAGCGGGACUCCUUCCUCUACAGCACAUGGCUGGACGACAGUGUGAGCACCACAAGCGGGGGCAGCUCCCCAGGCCUCACGCGAUCACCCCACCCAGACGCCGGCAAGUUGGGGGACCCUGCGUGUCCCGAGAUCAAGAUCCAACUGGAAACAUCUGAGCAGCACACACCCCAGAUGACGAGGCCUCAGAAGCACAAGGAGAAGAUGCUGCACCACAUCCAGGCAGCUGGCCCUCUGCCCAACAGCCACCCAGCCCCUGGUACCCCUGCCUCCAACCCCCCUGGCCCACCCAUCUGGUCUGUCUCUGCAGGGCGGAGCCAUCCAGAGCUGGGAGUGAAUGCUGCUGGCAUCACCCCCACCCCAGACUGGGGCUCUGGGUAUGGGCAGGGACUGUGGCCCUGGAUGGCCCCCACCUGGGCCUCUGUCCCCUGGGUUCCCCUCUGGAGUCAUGGGGAACAGAAUGGGAAGAGAAGGGACACUGCGUGCACACACUCCACCGCAGAAGCAGAAGGUACAAGUAUGCAGAGUGAGCACUGAGCAGGGAGUCCUACGGGGCUUCUGCUGUGGGACCUUGGGCAAGGCACUCUCCUUCCUGAGGCAUCUUUGCUGCAAGCGGACAAGACUGUGUCAGAGGUCACUGAAGACUGAUUCCAGGCACCUGCCCCAGAGGAGGGCCAUUGUCCCCCCCCCCCCGGGGCCUCCCAUCACACUGCUUCCCGAGGCCCCAGGCGGGCUAAGGGGCUGGGGCUGUUGUACCUGUCACCCUACCUGAGCCCCCAGCUUUACCACAGACCUGCCAAUGUCCCUUCACUGCCUUCACACGAUGGCCGAGUGUCCCCUGUUGGGGAAAUGGUCCUCCCCGGCUCCUCAUCCAGCACCCGGCUUAACCCUACCACCCCACGCUCCCGGGCGUUCCGGGCUGAGGGGUCUCAGCUGGUCUGGAGUCCAGGCCAUCCCCUGCCCACCACUGCUGUGGAGGGGGCUGCCAGACAUAGCUGCCGUGAGCCAUGUCCUUGUGUGUAUCUGUCCACUCUUAGGAGCCAUGCCCAAGUCGAGACUUCCAGCCCCAACACCCACUUUGGAAGCCCUGUGGCUACAUGUAUGUCAGUAAGGGUUGUACAAAAUAAAUUCUAUUUAUCGCUAUUGUA